UCCGCCCCGAACACAUCACACACAAAAAAAAAGUGAGCGAGCAGCGCGCGCGUCUCAUUCUACCUGCUGAACGCGCGCCGAUCAAAGCAUGGCCAAAUCUCAGUCGAGACGCUGCUGCUUCUGCGUACUCGCUUUAGUGUGCUGCGCCGUAAUUAUCUGCAUUUUCGCCAUUUUCUCCACCAAACAGAGAUGCGCGUUUACGCACGCUGCUGUUUCUGCGGACUCCUCUAUGUGCUCCGACAUCGGCAGGGACAUGCUGCUUGAAGGGGGCUCGGCGGUGGAUGCAGCCAUCGCAGCUCUGCUCUGCACCGGUCUGGUUAACCCACAGAGCAUGGGUUUGGGCGGAGGGGCCAUAUUUACCAUUAUGGACAAAACAGGCAAAGUGAAAAUCAUCAGCUCGAGAGAAACGGUCCCGAAAGGUGUCGGAGCGGAUCUGCUGAAAAAGUGUCCGAAAACCUUUACGUUUGCUACAGGAAGUCACUGGAUAGGUGUACCGGGAGAACUCCGUGGCUAUGAAAAAGCUCAUCAGUUGUAUGGAAAGCUGCCUUGGGCCAAGCUUUUCGAGCCUUCCAUCAAGCUGGCGAGAGAAGGCUUCCCCAUGCCAACCUACCUCAUUCAUUUCUUGAAGAAAGAUAUAAUUCAGUCUCUGAUUAAAAGCACUGAACUGUGUGAACUGUUCUACGAGAGCAAGACGGACCUUAGACUAAGGGACACCCUCAAGUUCCCUCAGCUGGCAAAAACCAUGGAAACUAUCUCCAAAGAAGGAGCUGAUGCCUUUUACUCUGGACAGAUCGCCCAGGACCUGAUACAGGAUGUACAAGAGAGAAAUGGAACGUUGUCGUUAGACGAUCUGAGAGAUUUUCAGGUCAGAGUCAGUGACGCCUGGUCAGUCCAGCUUGGGGAUUACAAGAUGCACUUCCCUCCUCCACCAGCAGGGGGAGCGAUACUCAGCUUUAUCCUCAAACUAAUGCACGGAUUCGGGCUCUCUCCGGUCUCUAACCAAGGAGAGCAGAAAACCUUGAAUCUGCAUCUGUUCCUUGAGGCGGUUAAGUUCGCGAACGGACAAAAGCGCAACCUCAAAGACCCCUACUUCCACUCCAGAAUAAAUUACAUCAAAGAUGAGAAGUUCAUUGAUGGGAUCAGGGCUUUGAUCACCAGAGACACACACAACGCCUCUUACUACAACAUCACUCCAUCAGUGGACCGCUUUGGCACCACUCAUGUUUCAGUGCUGGCAGCAGAUGGCAGUGCUGUGUCAGUCACCAGCACCAUCAACCACAUGUUCGGGGCAGCUGUUUUCUCUCCUAAAACGGGAAUCAUCCUCAACAACGAGCUAGCUGACUUCUGCGGUCGGGCAGAUUCCGUCGCACCAGGUGAGCAGCCUCCCUCCUCCAUGGCUCCUACCAUCCUGCAGUCCCAGGAGAGGACUGUAGUGAUUGGUGGAUCAGGAGGAAGUUUUAUCACCACAGCCAUGGCCCAGUCCAUUAUGAACCACUUGUGGUUCGGGAUGAACCUUAACGAAUCUAUCGCUGCUAAAAUAGUAUAUGUGGACUCCAAAAACAAAGUUCAGUUUGAGCAUGGAUACGACAGUUCUUUAAUCGCGGCAAUGCGAGAGAUGAAACACGACGUGAAAAAUGCAGACAUUUACACAUUUUUCAACGUGGUCAACGGCAUCUCGAAAGAAGGACAGUGCAUCAGUGCCGUAUCUGACGCCAGGAAGUACGGCGGGUCAGCGGGAUACUGACCCUGCCUCCGUUUGCGCCUUCGGCUGACAGAGACCGGUGCGCUGAUUCAUCAGGCCUGGGAGGACGUGAGGGCGGAAACCAGGGGUCAGCGCUCUCUUUCAGCGACGCCUGUAGGAACCAUAAAUUCAAAUAUUGUGUGAUUGUGCACAGUGGCGUGCAUUUGUCCGUCCAUGUCCACUUUUUUUGUUGGACUUUAUCAAACAAGAGUUACAAGAGUUGCAUGUAAAUGUGUUUUGUAUGCCAGGGAGACCGGGGCUAGUUGUCACGCAGAGGAAGGGUCGCAUCUGGCAUUCAUUUAGAAAAAUAUCAAGUAUAUAAUGAAGGUAGAUUUGAUCUGAUUGGCUGAAUUGGGGCGGGUGGUACAUUUUUGUGACCAUAAAUGUCAGGUUGGGGAAAGCUGUUGCACAUGAUUAUUUGUAGAAAGUCUUGACAGAAAAAUACACCAUCCCAGCAGCACUCUAUUAUUUUUUUUUAAUGAGCUGUAGGCUAUUUGUUUUCCUGGCCAGUAAUUACGGAAAUGUCAAGUAAUCUUUUUGUAGUCAAAUCAUAGUCAUUUUCAGAUAAAAAAAAAAAAAAAAGCUAAUAGCGAUUAACUCGAGGUCAGUGUUUCUAAAUGCAUCUUACUGAUACCUUUUCAUUUUUAAAGUUGUUACUGUAAAUGUUGGAAAAAAUGUUUUAUAAGAAAAUCGAAAUGUGAAAGUCAUCAAACUGAACGAGAUACUGCAAUUAUGACAUUAUUUUAGCAACCGUUGCUUUAUUACUUGUGAAUAUGUUCUAUUUUUACUACUUUUUAUAUCUUCCAUAUUGAUAUUUUUAUAAACAGCGUCGUAUGUCGGUUCAACUACGGCUACAUAAAUAUUUGUACUUUUUUUACUAUUUUAUAUUGUUCAUUGGAGCUGUUCAGACACUGAAGUUGAUAUUCAGCAUAACCAUGAUGCACCGGAGUACUACAGAAUAUGACAUAUUAACGGAAUCGCAUUUAAGUGCAUUUCAAAUCUUUUUUUAUUUCAUACAUCCCAAUAAAUACUUUCUAAUGUC